AUUGCCGGAGAUUCCUAACUGAAAACAUCAUGGAACGUUGGCAAAAUAAAAUCGCAGUAGUUACUGGUGCCAGUUCGGGUAUUGGCGCGGCAACAGCCAAAGCCUUGGUCGCCAAAGGCAUGAUUGUGGUGGGCCUCGACAGACAAUUGGAGAAAAUGGAAAAUGAAAUUAAAGCAUCAAUUCCUGCCGAGCUUCAAGCCAAAUUCCAUUGCAAAAAGUGUGAUGUCUCCAAAGAGGAGUGUGUCAAAGAGACUUUCAAUUGGAUUGUCAAUACUUUUGGUGGUGUAGAUGUUUUGAUCAAUAAUGCCGGAAUUAUAACGAAAUGCAAUCUAUUGGAUGAAAAUAAUUCUGAAGAUAUUCGAAAUACUUUUGAGGUUAAUGUUUUGGCCGGGGUAUGGUGUACCCGUGAAGCCUUUCACAGCAUGAAACAGCGUAAUUUCGAUGGCCAUAUUGUAAACAUUUGCAGUAUCAUGGGUCAUAGCAUACCCGCGGGUACGGGAUUUCCCCUCAACAUCUAUCCAUCAACAAAACAUGCAGUCAAAGCAAUGACGGAGGUUUUGCGACAAGAGUUGCAAAAUCAACAUACCAAAAUAAAAGUGACGAAUAUCAGUCCCGGUGGUGUAAAAACUGCUAUAUACGGUCCUACAUACCCGGACAUGCCUACAGUUUCAGGUGAGGACAUUGCCGAUGCCAUAGUCUAUUGCAUACAAACACCACCACAUGUGCAAAUUCAUGAGAUGAUAAUAAAACCCAUUGGAGAGCAGUUCUGAGGAAAGAUAAAGAAUGUUGAGAUACUUCAUUGGGUUGGUGGGUAUAACCUUGACCUUGUGGGCCUUAUCAGCGACAAUAGAAACAUUGUUUGGAAUUAUAAUCUUUUGAUAAUGUGAAAAAAUAGUUUUGGUUUGUAUGUGGGUAACAG